AUGGAGACGAAAUCCAAACCACCGCCUCCUCCAAAGCCCAAGUCUCUCUCUUCACAGGCGUCGGCGGGACCGGCUCCAAGAAGGAAUAAGAGAGGUCUGGGCUGGCCCUGGAAUGAGCCCGCAACCCACUUUUCUCUGUACCAGGCGUACAUCACCUCUGGCAAGAUUACAUGGCUUUUCAACUGGGAAGUCUGGGUCCCGGACUCUCUCCCUCAGCAAGUCGAGUGGAUCCCCUGUGUACGCACACCCGCCAACGUCAAGGACGUCGACCCAUUCCUCAGCGACAUCAUUCACAACCGUGCCUUCAAGACAUCAGCAUUAUUAGGCUUCAACGAACCGGAGAUACCAGAACAGGCGAAUAUGACGGUCGAGCAAGCGGUCGAGCUGUGGAGGCAGGUCGUGCUUCCCGCAAAAGCCAAGUUUGGAUUCCGACUUGGCAGCCCAGGAAUGAGCAGCGAUGUUGGGCGAAGUAAGCCCUGGCUGAAUUCCUUUCUGUCUCAGCUGGCUGGACAAGACGGCAUUGCUUUUCUUGUCGUGCACUGGUAUGGACUGCUUUUCAAGGACAUGCGGGUUUUCCUCGAGGAUAUGCGUGCAACCUAUGGAUUGCCGGUCUGGGUGAAUGAGUUCGCGUGCACCAGGAUGGGUGAUGGGGAAGCCAGUGUCCCGGAGGUAGAAGCCUUCAUCCGAGAGGCUCUGCCAUGGCUAGAUGCGUGUCCAUGGAUCGAGCGAUAUGCGUACUUCGGUAAUCACGAUGUCGGGCACUGGGUCGGGAGGGCUAGUAAUUUUACCGAGUCUUCAGGAGCUCAGGACAGACGAUUGACAAGCGUAGGAACACUUUAUUGUGAGUUAUGA